AUGAAGAAGCUUUGUACUUUCACUAUUUCUCUCAUCUUGUACAGUUUGACAGAAACCAGCUGCUUUUGGAGAAUAAAGCACAAUGAAGAGGUAGAUGGAGAUUUGCGGACUGACUGUGGUUUUGUUCUUUUCAUUACUCCAGAACCUGUAGAGGAAGAUUUUUAUAAUACUAUAAUUGAUUUUAUAAUACCAAAAGGAAAAUAUGAGUUUUUUCUGGUAUUGUUUUUUGCUACUGAUGAGAUCAACAGGAACCCUUACCUUUUACCCAACAUGUCUUUGAAGUUUUCAUUUGUUGUUGGCUUCUGUUUUGAUACAUUGGAAAAAAUGGAUGAACUAUAUUUAUUACAAAACAACACAUCAAGAAUUCUUAAUUAUGACUGUGGAAUAUCUGUAUGUGAUGUAGGACUUACAGGGCCAUCAUGGACUACAUCUUUGAAAGUGAUGACUUAUGACAGGCAGCCAAAGAUUUUCUUUGGACCAUAUCAUCCUAUCCUGAGUGACAAUAUACAGUUUCCCUAUGUCUGCCAGAUAGCACAAAAAGAUACAUGUUUGCCCAAGGCCAUGGUCUCUUUGAUGCUUUAUUUUACAUGGACUUGGAUAGGGCUGGUUGUCUCAGAUGAUGACCAGGGAAUUCAGUUUCUCUCAGACUUAAGAGAAGAGAUGCAAAGAAAAGGAGUCUGUUUAGCUUUUGUGAGUGUGGUCCCAGAAAACAUGCAGUUAUACAUGACAAUGGCUGGAAUAUAUGAAAAACAAAUCAUGACAUCAUCAACAAAGGUUGUUAUCAUUUAUGGUGAGAUGAACUCUACCCUUGAAGUCAGUUUUAGAAGAUGGGAAUAUUUAGGUAUACACAGAAUUUGGGUCACCACCUCAAGAUGGGAUGUCACCACAAGUAAGAGAAAUUUCAGCCUUGAUCCUUUCUAUGGGACUGUCACUUUUGCACAUCACCAUGGUAAGGUUUCUAAAUUUUCGAACUUUAUGCAAACAAUGAACACUUCCAAAUAUCCAAUAGACAUUUCUCAGAUGAGAACAAAGUGGAAUUAUUUUAAUUGUUCAAUCUGUAAGACCAACUACAGCUCAAUGAAUCAUUGCUCAUUCAACACUACAUUGGAAUGGUUAUCACAACACAAAUUUGACAUGGUCCUGAGUGAAGAAGGUUACAAUUUAUACAAUGCUGUGUAUGCUGUUGCCCACACCUACCAUGAAAUCAUUUUUCAACAAGUAGACUCUCAGCAUAUAGCCAAAACCCAAGGAAUAUGCUAUGACUUUCAUCAGAUGGCUUCUUUGCUGAGGAAUAGAGUAUUUAUUAACCCUGUCGGGGAGCUGGUGAAUAUGAAUCUGAGAGAAAAACUGUGUGCGGAGUAUGACAUUUACAACAUUUGGAAUUUCCCACAUGGCUUUGGAUUAAAGGUGAAAAUAGGAAGUUAUUCUUCCUAUUUCCCACAAAGCCAACAACUACACAUUUCUGAAGACAUAGAGUCAUCCAUUGGAGAAACACCCCCUAAGGUUCCCACUUCUACAUGCAGUGUGAAAUGCACUCCUGGAUUCAGAAAAUUUCAUCAGGAACAAACAGCAGACUGCUGCUUUGACUGUGCCUGGUGCCCAGAGAAUGAGAUUUCCAAUGAGACAGAUAUGGAGCAAUGUGUGAGCUGUCCAGAUGACCAUUACUCCAAUGCAGAGCACACACACUGUCUACAAAGACAUGUUUCCUUUCUGGCAUAUGAAGACCCAUUGGGGAUGACACUGGCCUGCAUGUCCCUGUGUUUCUCUGCCCUUACAGCUCUUGUUCUUGGUGCUUUUGUGAAGUACAAUGACACUCCCAUUGUGAAGGCCAAUAACCGCAUUCUCAGCUACAUCCUAUUGAUAUCCAUCACCUUCUGUUUUCUCUGCUCAUUGCUCUUCAUUGGGCAUCCCAAUAUAGUCACCUGCAUCCUGCAGCAGACCACAUUUGGAGUCUUUUUCACAGUGGCUGUGUCUACUGUCUUGGCCAAGACAAUUACUGUUGUCCUUGCCUUCAAGCUCACUACUCCAGGAAAAAGGAUCAGAGGAAUGUUGGUAUCAGGGGCACCUAAUUUUGUUAUUCCCAUCUGCACCAUGGUCCAACUUGUUCUCUGUGGAAUAUGGCUGGUCACAUCUCCUCCCUUUAUUGACACAGAUACACACUCUGAACAUGGACAGAUCAUCAUUGUGUGCAACAAAGGAUCAGUCAUUGCAUUCCAUUUUGUGUUGGGAUAUUUGGGCUCCUUGGCUCUGGGGAGCUUCACUGUGGCUUUCUUGGCCAGGAAUCUUCCUGACAGAUUCAAUGAAGCCAAAUUCCUGACCUUCAGCAUGUUGGUGUUCUGCAGUGUCUGGGUCACCUUCCUCCCUGUCUACCACAGCACCAAGGGGAAGGUCAUGGUGACUGUGGAGGUCUUCUCCAUUUUGGCCUCCAGUGCAGGGUUGUUAGGGUGCAUCUUUGUCCCAAAAUGUUAUGUUAUUUUGAUAAGACCAGAUUUAAAUUCUCUUCAAAAGUUCAGGGAUAGAUCACUUUAUUGA